AUGUGUGCGAAACUCGAACAACAAGAAAUCAGGGAAGUUCUGCAAUACAUUUUGAAUGAACACGACAUCACACUACUACAGUUUGUGUGUAAGAAGUUCAUGACUUUGUAUAAAACGUUAAUGGCAAACCCCGUGUUAAGUGCAAAGAAGUCAAUUAGUCCAAUAGAAUACUACACAUCAGCUAGACAACUCUUUCCGAGAUCAACUCGGUUUGUUGUUCCAUUCAACUUUGCGCUGUUAACCGAUGCGGAAUUAUCAAAGUAUGAAACAUUUGAAAUGACGAAGGACUUCAAACAGAGCGACCUUUCAUACCACAAGAAGAUUAAUAAAGGUGUUAUCAUCACUAACUUCAAACAGGAAUUCACAAAUCUUGAAUUUUUGUCACAGCGAUUCUCAUUGGAAGAGGUUAAACAGUUUUUAAAGUGGGUUGACAACUUCCCAAGUUUGCAAUACGUGUGUUUUACUAUUGGUGAAGAUGUCAUCAAAGAGCAACAACUUGUGAUACAACUUGUGAACACAUUGUUUGAUAAAAACUCUGAUAUUGUGAUAUGUUUGUCUUAUGAAAUAGAACACGAAGAAGUCUUCAAACAAGUUGAUUCACUCAGAAAAGCACUCCCACAGAAUGUUUUGCAUUAUUACAAUUUCGUCAUUUUUGCACCAGAAGACCCAGACAAAGUCAAAGAAGAACACAACGAGAAUAAUGAAAUUGAUGUGCAAAUUGCUUUUAAAAUUCCAAUGCUCCAAAACUUGGAUGUCAAACACUUCGUUGAUUUUUUGGGUAAUGAGGAAGUUGCCAAAGAGUAUGUAAAGUACUUUUACCCACUCGAAGUACAUGGCGCAAUUGCAGACAUCGACUUCUCAAAGAUAACAAGUCUCACCAAAAUCGUUACAACCGCACAAAAUUUUUCAUUCAGCGCUCCAACUAGUUUGGUCGAGUUCGUUGAUUUGAAUGACGAACUCACUACUACCACAAAACGUGUGUUGACCAAUUUAAAUGAGUUGAAAAUUGAGAGGAUGAGAACACCUAUGCAAACACUCAUUCCAAACACCGUGACAAAACUCGAAAUGCCAUUUUGCUUCAAUUUGACAUGCCCAGCAAAUUUGAUUGAGUUGACUCUUGGUUCUGUCGACAAGAAAGACGUCAUAAUCUUCAAUUCAACACUUCAGACUCUUGACAUAGGAGACUACCCCAAAACACUCAACUUCCCAAAGUCACUCACAAAGCUCCGAGCAGAGUGGAUCAAGGCUAAACUCAAUAAUGGUGUUAAAGAGAUUGAGGUUUCUAAACUCAAAAAAAUGGAAUGUCAGUUCAUUCCAGAUUCGGUGACUCGCGUGAAAGUUGUCUCUGCAACGACAUUCGACUUUUCAAAGCACACAAAUUUGAAAGAGUUGGAUGUCUGCGUCACUAUUGCGAAUUCGACAUACAAGUUUGACAACUUUAGGGUUUCACCGAACCUCGAAAAGAUGAAUUUGUACAUUAUUGGGAAGGUUACUAAAAAUAAGAAGCCCACAUUUAUGGAGAGUAUUAGAAAUAACUACCAGUGUGUGAAGAACCUAAUUGUGGACGCAGACUUUAAGCAGAUUCUUCCCAAAGAAGUUGAAAUAGAUUGA